GACACCUUCAAAGACCAGCCCUUCUUCCUUAGAAGCGCCGAAGACUAUCGAGAAGCUUUGCAGAGCGUCCACAGAGCGGACUUCGGAUUGAACGGAGAAGGACAUUUUUGGGCCGUCCAGACUGUAGACCUUAAACAGAUCGAUACCUAGAAUGGCCACUGCAAGCACUUCUGGACAAAGCCCCUUUGGGCUGGGCAGGAAGAAGAGGGCCCCUGGUCUCCUGGAUCAAAUUGGCAGGUUCUUUGGAGGGGACAAAAAGAGGAAGGGAAAGAGACCCCAUCACUCUUCAACCCGUCGCCGUGGAGAUGUCAAUCCCGUGGUGCACUUCUUCAGGAGCUUUGUUUCCUCUCCUCGCCCCAAGUCAAGGUGGAGAGAACUAUUGGGUCUGGCUUCUUCAUCACCGAGUGCCUCGGAGAGCAUUAGAUCCCCACGCAGGCGCAGAAGAGAACAGAAUACACUCUCCCGAAUCUUCAACUUGGGAGAAAGCAGAUCUCGCUCUCCACCCAAACGCUGGAGCACCAUCUUCUGAGCCCAUCUCCAACCAGAACAACACCAAGAUGGAAGAAAGUGAGACGGAUGAAGAGAAAAAAACAGAGAGGGAGGACCUCUGCCCUACAGAUUCACAAUUUGCGGCGAGUUUAACAGACUAACAUUGGCCAUCUUCGCUUUUUAGAUAAAGAUACAAUCUAAGUAUCUGUUGUCACAUGCCUGCAGGGUUUCAUAAGCACGUGUUGAGUGUCUGUGUGUUAAAUUAUAAAUAAUUGUCAAGGGUCAAGUGAUGCAAUAGUUGAAAGUCUAAAUUUAGUUCAGAAAAAGUUUUUAGGAAUAAAAGGGAUCAUAAACCCUAAUCAAUCUACAAUAACCAGAAGGUUUGAUCAAUUUUAGUCGUAUUCAACAGAACUAGAAUAGCACCUUUCAUUUGAACCUUUCAAUGAAACUGAUGAAUAAGUAGAUAAUGGCCUUCAAACCAUGUUUUGCGAACUUUCCUCAGAUCUCUCUUACACAACAGGUUGCUUGUGUGCUAUUCAGCAUUUGAUGCAUGCCAUUAGUCUCUUUGUGAAUGUUUAUUGUGGUCUUUGUGAUGUUAGAUAGACAUUAUUUUCUUUCUAUCAUGAAUUUUGUAUAUAUGAUUCUUUGUGUUUUAAAAAGUAUGAUCAGUUAACACUCAGUAUACUAUGUUUGAUUUAUUUGAAAAGUUAUUUAGCUUUGAUUUAAAACAAAGACUAAAAAUACAAUAAUGUGGACUAGAUUCUAAGCCUAAACAGCUUAGAUUGUAUUGCCCUCAGGUGUUGCACUGUGUUUAAACAGCUCAUAAAUGUUGUCUGCGUCUUUACAUGUGCAAUUCUGAUGUUAUUUUAAAGGUAAUAAGGGAUAGGAUUAAUAUUCAAAUAACCUGCAGAUAUCUCGGACAAAGGUAACAAAUGGUGCAAAACCGAUGAAAGGGGAAGGUAAACCGAAAGUGAAAGAGGGAACUUGUGAGAAAUGAGAACUGAAGUGUAAUUUUGAAAGAGCGAGGUGGCGUUUAUUUUUACGGUAUGUGAUUAUGUGAUGUGUCUUUAAUAAUGUUCAUUGUUUCGUGUCUCAUAGACCAUUCCUGUAUGUACUGUUCAUGAAAUUGUGCUGAAUAAACAUUAGGUCAAAUAUUCUCCCUGUCAGCGCUGGAUUUGUCUCAUAUGGUGCUACACUUUGUGUUAUGCAUGGAAAAUUCAGAAGUGGCCAAGUGUUCAGAUGUAUCUUUAACUCCCUUCAUUUAUAAAAUAACGGUAAAUAAAGUCUCCGAAAUGUA